AACCACACUCCACCCCACCCCGCGCCCCGCCUGUCCCUGUUGCCGAGCCAGUACCCGCACUACCCCCACUUCGAUCUAGCAAUCCCGACCCCGCCGACUCGCCGGAACCCUAAUCUGCCGCCGCCAUGCCGCGCCGCCGAGGUAGGGGGAGGGGGAAGGGGAAGGGGAGGGGUAAUCCGAAAGCUAAGGACACCGAUAGUGAGCCCGUAGAGGAAGCCGUCGAGACCGAGGUCGAAGCGGGGGACGCCAAGCACGAGGAGGAGGCCGCCGAGAGCGAGGACGCCAAGGAGGACGGGGAAUCUGAGAGCGACGCCGAGUAUAUGGAUGCGGAGGCCAAGGAGGAAACCGGCGAGAACAGGGCGGAGGAGAUGGAUGCGGAACCUGAACCGGAAGCCGACGAGGCCGACGCCGAACCUGACGCCUCGGACGCCGAGGCCGAAGCGGGAGCCGAGGAGACUGGCUCCGAGCGCGAAUCAGAUGCCGAGGACGCUGAUCCAGAGGCCAAAGCGGAGGAGACCGACGGCGAGAAUGAAGAGGAAGCCGCAGAUUCCGACGGCGAGAAUGAAGAUGCAAGGGCGGACUCCGACACCGAAGGUGAUGCUGCGGAGGAAUCCCCUCCUCCAUCCCCUCCCACUCGCGGCCGUCGCCGUAAGCGAGCGGCUACUCCCGACCCGGCUCCCGAGGAUGAUGAAGCGGAGGAGGAGACCCCUGUGCAGCCGCGUCGCCGGCGCCGGCGGAAGUCGGGGGACCGCGGUGACUCUCCGCCACCACUGCCGGACCACCUCCGGUGCCGCCGCAGUGAUGGGAAGAAGUGGCGCUGCUCAGGCCGUGCGCUCCCCACUGUCAGCUUCUGCGAGUACCACUACGCGAGGGCCAACAAGGGCAGCAAGAAGCCGCCAGCGGAUGGGGAGGUCCUUGCUGUUGCUCUCCAGCGGCAGAAGAACAAGAGGAAGGGCAGAAGGAGCAUUAAUCCGCCGGCAUCGCCUCCGGCAGCCACUAGUGACCUGACCAGGGAUCUCCCGAAUGGACUGAUGACGAUCUCGCCAGGUAGCAGUGGACCUGCAGGGCUGUCCACUCCUGUGACGACGAAGGUUGGUGUAGACAUUCCUGUUCCGAUUCGUCGGUGCUACCGUUCAAAGAAUGCUGAGCCAUCGCCUGUUGGUCCUGUGAAGGUUGUUCCUCGUGCGAUGAGUAUGACAAAAGCAGCACAGAGAACAUGUCACCGUUGCGGACUGAAGAAGGCAGCGCACGUUGUCAACUGCAAGAACUGUGACAGAUACUUCUGCAACAGCUGCAUCAAUAAAUGGUAUUCUGGGAUGUCCAAGAAGGAUAUAAAAACGCGCUGUCCAGUUUGCCGUGGUCACUGCAAUUGUAAACAAUGCACCCUUGGUUUGACCAAGGGUGCUUUGUGUAAGGAAUCACCAAGUGAUCAGGGGGGCAUACUCAGGAUAAAAAUUUCCAAUCAUCAGUUUUACAAGCUUUUACCUGUUAAACUUAACCAGGAGCAGCUUGAUGAAUUGGAAUUAGAAGCUAAAAUACAAGGAACAAAAAUAUCUCAUGUCCGCAUCCAGGUUGCCGAAAAUGGCCAGAGUGAGUCACUCAACUGCAAUAACUGUAAGCUCUCAGCGGACCAAUUCCUGAGAAGCUGCCCAACAUGCCCAUUUAAGCUCUGCCUAAGUUGCUGUGAGAAGAUACGUGAAGGAAAUAUGUCGGAGGGCACCCCUGAAGAUAAAUUUGCACACAGGUUGCUUCAACAAGAAUCAGUCCAUGAGGAUGGCAGCAUGACUUGCCCUUCCAUUGAGCUGGGUGGCUGCGGGGAAGCUCUGCUGAACUUGAUAUAUGCGUCCCCAUCUGGGCAGUCUGAAGAAUUCAGUUCAGGAGAUGAGCUAGAUGCUCCAGGCAAUCAUUCUGGAGUCAAGGAUUCUCGACCUCAUCGCUCACCUGUACCAGAGAGUAAUGGAAGAUUUUCUGCUGCCCGGACAGAAACCAUGUCCACAUAAUCACCAAAGAUGUAGCUCUCCUUGCAGAUAUACAUUCAUCUUUCAUGUGGGAGCGCCAUAAUUGCGCAAGCAGAUAUGUUCGUUCUGAAGCCUUAAAGAGUAGUGGGUAGGUUGCCUAAUUUAGUGUUUAUCGGCCAAUAUGGCCAUUGAUUUUAGGUCUGUGACCUGGGGAUUUUCUUGACUAGUCCUGUGUUUGUUCAUCUUUGAUUUGGACGUCGUUGUGUCGGACAUCAUUGUACAUAUGUUAUGACUUCAUUUAUCAUUGCUGUUGCUGAUUGAA